AAUCCCUUAUGAGUUGCUGUAUUUCUUUAGCCAAAUUCAGGUGGCUAACGUGAGUUAGUUCUGCCGCAGAUGCCAUCGAAAAAACACGUGGGAAUUAAGAAACCGGUCAUUUAGUCAACAUAUGAGAGGCAUUUUGUCAUUAGAAUGAAUGGGACAUCAUAUUCAAACUUUGACAAUCAAGAGCAUGUCCUUAAAUUAGGCGAAACUUUCGAGAAACAACCCAAAAGUGCUUUCCAUACGGUACGAUAUGACUUUAAACCAGCAUCCAUAGACACUACCUGUGAGGGGGAUCUUGAAGUCGGAAAGGGAGAACAAGUCACUAUAACAUUGCCUAACUUGGAGGGUUCCACUGCCCCAGUGACCGUGUUUAAAGGGUCCAAAAGGCCUUAUAUGAAGGAGUGCAUUCUUAUUGUAAACCAUGACACAGGAGAAUAUCGACUGGAGAAGCUUAAUAGCAAUAUUUCCGUCAAAAAGACCAGAGCGGAGGGCAGCAGUAAGAUCCAGUCCCGUCUGGAACAACAGACCUCUCGACUCAGUCAGCAAAUGAAGAGUGGCAAUGGAGGAAAAGCCCCAAACAAUUCCAAGAGCUCCCCUGUUAAAGAGAAGUUGUCUCCUGCUUCUCCCAUGGAUGACAUUGAGAGAGAAUUGAUGGCUGAGGCACGAGUGAUGGAUCAGAUGAGCAGUGGUGACAGCUCCUCUGACUCUCAAAGCUCCUCCUCAUCUAGCAGCGAGGGCAGCUCAAGCAGCAGCGACUCUGAAGAUGAACGCCACGCUUCAUCAGGCAGAUCUCACACAGUGCCCGCAUCCACCCACAGCAUGCCCAUCCUCACCUCGCAGGAGCGCAUGGAGGAGGGCGGUGGACACCUCAUGAACACACUCAAAAACGAUCUUCAGCUGAGUGAAUCUGGCAGUGAAAGCGAUGAUGAUUGAGGGCAGAAGGACUUAAGGCACACUGUUUGUCAAGGAUCCGAGUGACAGGGACACCAGGACCUGCCCUGUCACGAACACUGUGAUAUGGGGAUUUUUAAUUAUCAGUCAACAUUUAAUAAUUACUUAUUUUUUCUUCAGAAGAGCAGUGUUUUGUCCGCACCUGACGUGUUAUGUGGUUGUCAGGUUAAAAGCUGUGAAAAUGUUCAUAUGAAUUUAAUUAUUUAUUAUGUUCAUUGCAAUUGUGUAAAACAUAUAGGUUCUUUAUUUUUCCCCAAAAAACAGUUACUUUCCCUCACAAAGUGUGUGUGUGUGUGAGUGCCAAAGGUGUGAGAGAAUAUCGUGUUCGAAUUUGUAGAAAUGCCUUAUUUGUUUUCGGAGACUGGUUGUUUUUAGCUCCAAAUGUUUUUUUGUGAAUUUGUGGUCUUAAGAUUAUUAGGAAUUAAUGUUGUACAUCGUACAUUAGUCUGUAAUAAUCACAAUUUCAUAUUCAGCUUUUUUUGUUUUGUUUUUGCUUAUAGCCUGCAAUACUUGAAUGUGUAUGUUGUAAUCAUUUAUUUGAAGAAGGUUGCUUAGAGCAAUUUUAGUGCUAUAACCUGUAGAUAAGAGGUGCUUUUGAUCAGGAAAUUAACCAUGGCUGCUUAUUAUAGUAUUAUAGAGUAAAAUGUAUAUUUUCUGCUUUUCACUACACUCAUCUAUGGAUCGCUUUGGUUUCUUAUCUUUGAUGAAGCCACAUUCAGAGAGGUCAAAGAUUUUUUUUUUUUUACCACAAAUAGAACAGAAAGAUUAUUAGAAACGCUUUCUACUGGUGUUGGAGAUAAUAAAUGUGCAUCUAUAAGUAGUGCUUAAAAAUAUAGGUGUGUAGAAUAAUAAAAUAAUGGUUGCAUCA